AUGACGAUUUCUAUUGUUGAUUCACUUCUUAGCCACCCUUUUACGCUUAAUUAUCUUCGCAUUGGACAAGUAACACCGUCGACAAAUAGUCUUUGUCUCUUUUGGAAUCUGAUCAAUUCAAAUUGCAGUUUUGCGACAUAUUUGACGAUGGCAUGGGCAUCGAUUGAACGGCACCUGCUUAUAUUCUAUCCAACAGUAUUCACUACUCGUUAUCGACGAAUUCUCUGUCAUUACACACCUCUGCUCGUAGCAGCUUUUGUUUAUCCAAUUAUGUUUAGUAUUAUCGUUGUUUUUGUCUAUCCCUGUCGAAAUGAAUUCAUUAUGAGUUCUAUCUUUUGUGGAUACUCAUGUGCGCUAAGAAUCCCAUCAGUAGCAAUGUACGCUCGAAUUGCGCAUAAUUUUAUUCCGACAUUCAUCGUAGUCGGUUCGUCUCUGGCUUUGCUCGUACGUGUGAUUACGCAAAAACGACGAAUACAUCGAAAUCAGUUUAAUUGGCGUCGAUAUCGUCGGAUGAUUGUUCAACUGAUGACCAUCAUAAGUCUCUUCCUCGUUUUGACGACGCCAGUCACCUUGGUCAGCAUUGUACAAUAUUGCUGCCUGCCGAUGUUUGGUGCUGCAGUGCAAAUGCCUUACCUGAGUUUCCUGAUUCGAUUUCUUAAUAUUCUCAUGCCGUUCGUCUGUCUUAGUUUACUUCCGGAAAUCUGGCCAAAAUUAUUACCAGGCAAAACGCGACGCGGCCGUAUUGUUCCAGUCCGUACAAAAACGAAUAACUUGUUAAGAACAUAA